AACGAGUAUAAAAAGGAUGACUGUCAGCUACAAACUACACAGCGUUCUUCAACAACAACUAGCCGUCUUCAUCGGAUUGGAGUGGUAGUUCUUCUAUACAAGAUGAAAUUCCUCGCAGUUCUUCCCUUGUGCUUCGCUGCCUGUAUGGCCGAAAUGUUGUUGAACUUCGAUGCUGAAAAGGGCAACUUCAUGUACAGUACCGGGGACGAGGGUGCUCACGCUCGUGAAGAAACCCGAAGCGGUGGCACUGUGACCGGCAAGUACAGCUAUAUCGAUGCUAACGGUGACAUGCGUGAGGUCCGCUACACUGCUGGUCCUGGUGGAUUCAUGCCCGAAGGAGACAUCUCUGUGGAUAAGAAGACUGCCGCAGAAGCUGACAAAAUCGCUGCUAUGGCUCCCAAAGCUCCAGAGAUCGAGCCUGUCAAGGCCACUCUGCCAGUCCAUCCCUUCGCUUACAGCCCUUUCUACUCUGGACACUACCCCUUCUACACUGGUCAUCACUACUUUGGACAUCACCCUUUCAAUAAUGCCGCUUACUUCCCUCACCGUUAUUACGCUCCCCAUGCUCGCACCUAUUCGCAUUUCUAUUAAAUUGAAACUAAACAAUACCGAAUGUUAAUUAUAACUACCUUUAUACUAUGAUGUGACUGUACCUUAAACUGUAUGCACUUAAAGUAUCUGUGGUAACAGAACUCUCCCUAAACUCUUAGCUAAUUUCUAUGUCUUCUCUGUUUCCUUUUCCUUCAGACUCUUCAUAUGAACAGCCUACUGUUCAAGUUUUGUAAGAAUCUUGCUAAAUUCUUCAUAAUUUUACUCUGGUACUUUUGUGUAUUUUGCUUAAUAUUUGCAUAUGUUAUUUUAACCCUAAGAUUUACCUGAUACCUCAAUAAUGAAGUUUACGUCAAGUGAGAUUGUGAUUUGAGCGUGAAUGUUUUAUAACGAGUAAUGUAUAAAAAAAUAAAAGCGUUCACAAAGCAUUUUUUGGUUUUGGUUUUAUUUCUAAAUAACAACACGAUACUGUGUUUUUCUGUCAAACAGGCAAAAGAAAGUCAACUAAUUAUUACCAACUAUUGAUCAAAGCAAGUUAAUUACAUAGAUUAGAACUAAAAACAACUUAGUAAAUAUUGUAGAUAAUUCUAUGUACUAGUCUAAUUAAUGGUACGCAGUGUCAUAAAACGAAUCACAAGAAAAAACUUACAAUAAUUAGAAGCCAUUUGAUGCAUCAGCUAAAUUCCAUCACUAUUAUUGAUAUUUU